ACUAGACUGCAGAGUGAACCGGGAGUUGGCUCCACCCUCAGCUAAAGGAGCCCCGCCUCUCCCUUAGCCGGCGCCUGCGCAAAGCAUGCUGGUAGUCAUGGAUUGCGCGCAGGCUCACCACGCUCAGGUCUAUUUCUCUGCGGUUUUCUCCCAACUUCAGUACUUCCGGGAUAUCGCGUCCCCAGUGUGCGUGUUGGGAACACGGUCUGAUUGUUCCUGACCCCAUGUAGACGGAGUAAACCCUGGCCUUCCACACUGAGUCAUCUGAUCCUACCACGAGCUGGUCAUGCAUGGGAAGCUGCUGCUGCUGGCCGGCCUCUAUCUUGUGCAAGGUCUGCCCUAUGGACUGCAGUCCAGCUUGCUGCCUAUUUUCCUGCGGGCCCAUCGUCUCUCCCUGACGCGUGUGGGUCUGACCAAAGGACUGUAUGCUCCAUGGCUGUUAAAACUGGCAUGGGCGCCACUGGUGGACAGGCGGGGCUCCCCUCGGGUAUGGUUAACACUCAGCACAGUGUCCCUGGGCCUGGUGUGUGCACUGCUGGCUGUGCUGCCUCCCCCGCAAGCUGGUCAGACAGGGCUGCCCACCAUCAUCAUGGGGCUGCUGUUGCUGCUGAAUCUGGGUGCAGCAGUGCAAGACGUAGCUCUGGACACAAUCGCUGUGCAACUCCUGGAACCAAAGGAGCUGGGACCUGGGAACACCGUGCAGGUGGUGGCCUACAAGCUGGGAUCAGCACUGGCUGGGGGUGGGCUGUUGGUCUUCUUCCCCACCCUCUCUUGGUCAUUGCUUUUUUUGCUCCUAACUGCCACCUACUGGUUGGCUGCUGCUUUAGCCUGGGCUGCACCAGCCUUGGGACAGCUGUCUUGGCCUCGGGUCUCAGAGCAUACCCCCCACACAUCCCACUGUCUACAAGAUUUGCUGGCUGUGCCUGGAACCCUCUGGACAGCAGGCUUUGUGCUCACCUACAAGCUGGGUGAGCAGGGUGCUGGCAGCCUGUUUCCACUUCUCCUGCUGGACCAUGGUGCUUCUGCCUCAGACUUGGGUCUAUGGAGUGGCUUGGGUGCUGUGACCUGCUCCAUUGCUGGCUCCUCUUUAGGUGGGGCUCUACUGGCCAGGCACUGGCAGCCUCUUUCCCUAUUGAGGUCAGUGCUGCAGCUUCGCCUUGGGGGUUUGGCCUGUCAGACUGCUCUGCUCUUCUACCUCAGUACCCCAGGGGCCACUCUGGACCCUGGUACAAUCAUGAGAGGUGAGAGGGACAGCUUUGCUGAGCCUGUGUCUACAACAGUUUCUUGGUGGUGUGGUCACCACUGCCACAUUCACUGUGAUGAUGCACUGCAGCCAGUUGGCACCCAGAGCCCUGCAGGCCACACAUUACAGCCUCCUGGCCACUCUGGAACUGCUGGGCAAGCUGCUACCAGGUACCUUGGCUGGAGUGCUGGCUGAUGGCCUGGGCCCACAUCUCUGCUUUGCUGCUUUCCUUGUAUUCUCAGUUCUACCCAUUCUGGAUCUGAGCCUGGCACCCAGUAACCUGACCUGAGCUAUCCAUAA